AUGUUUCCUGGAGAGUCAGAGGAGUGGACAGAUGGUUUCGGUGGGCAUCUGGACGGCACGCCGGCCGAGGGCAAGGGCAAGGGCAAGAGGAAAAGAGAGCCGUUGGAAUUGGAGCCACCAAACUUCCCCAUUAAGUUUGGUGGUGGCCAGAAGCGCAAGCGGUACGAUUUGGAAUUCAAAGUAAACGCCAUUAAGUACGCGACCAUGCAAAGCCCGGGGGCGCAGGGGCCUAAUGGAACCAUCGGCGUGUCAACGAAGUACGAGAAGCAGCUGGAACAGGCAGACCAGCUCGGGGCCAAAGGCAAGAAAAAAGGCCGGAGCGUGAAGUCGUUUAACACGGGGAGGGUAAGGUCAAACGCUGAGGCCGAGCUCGAACUUCUCGACUGGAUCAACGAUGUUCGUUCGGAAGCCAUCUCUGCCCGCGUCUCUACAAGCAUGAUCAAGAACAAGGCGGUAUCGCUCAACUUGCUUUGGUUCGGCCCGAGGCCUGCAACGAACGACCUGGAGGGCAGUAGAAAGUACCGCAACAAGCAGACUCACUGGUGCAGGAGGUUCCUCAGGAAGAACCGGUUGUCAUUCCGAGCGGUUACCAGGCAAGGCCAGAAACUCCCUUCCGGGUGGCCGACGAUUGCCAUAAAAGCCGUCAAGGAAUGGAGGGCGCUUCGUCACGGAGGAAUCGACGGUGCAACGAGCAGUGCGCCUUCGAAGCCACCUCUGUUGUUCAAGGAGGAGCAGAGCUACAGCAUGGAUGAAACUGCUGUGUGGAUGGAGCCCGCUGGCACGUCGACCAUGGCGGGCGUCUUCAGGAAUGUUUGGCUCCCCCAAGUGUGGAACCGGCGCCCGGGUCGCGAUGGGGUCCUGGGCAACCACCGCCAGCCGGACACGCUGCUAUCGUGGGACGAUUACACCGUGCACAAGACAGCCCUGUGCAAGGAAGCGAUGGACAAGUCCAACACGACGCUGUUUUUUGUCCCCGGAGGCCUAACGCCCAAGAUCCAGUCUUGCGAUGGACUUGUCAACAAGCUGUUCAAGUCCAACAUGUCCAGGCUGUACGACAACCGCAUGGCCUCCACCGACGCCGUGCGCAACGACCGCGGCUACCCGGAUCCCCCAUCGAGGGGACUGCUCGCGCAGUGGCCGGACACGCUGCUAUCGUGGGACGAUUACACCGUGCACAAGACAGCCCUGUGCAAGGAAGCGAUGGACAAGUCCAACACGACGCUGUUUUUUGUCCCCGGAGGCCUAACGCCCAAGAUCCAGUCUUGCGAUGGACUUGUCAACAAGCUGUUCAAGUCCAACAUGUCCAGGCUGUACGACAACCGCAUGGCCUCCACCGACGCCGUGCGCAACGACCGCGGCUACCCGGAUCCCCCAUCGAGGGGACUGCUCGCGCAGUGGGUGAAGAAAGCGUGGGAUGAAGUGGACUCUGAGAGCAUUCGUUCGAGCUGGAGGAAGGCUGGCAUGACCCUUGCCUUCGAUGGAUCUGAGGACGAGGCGUGGGCCAACAAGGAGCUCAACUCCGACGCCCAAGGGAAACCACUUCGUGCAGACGGCGACGCGGCCGCUGCCGGCGUGGAGGAGGCUGGCCCAUCGGAGGAGGGGGAGACGAUGGCCGACUUGUUGGGGGUGUUGGAAAUCGACGACGAUGACAGCUCGGGAGAUGGCGAAGGCAACGAUGACUCGGAAGUUGAGUUCAUGGCAGACUUGCCGGGGGCGGACGUUGUUUGCAUGGAUUGA